UGGAGCAGAUAUGAGAAGAAACGGACUAUCAGCCCAUCCAGCAGAAAACCCUCUGAGAUUAAGUAACUUUUAGACAGUUCUUGCUUAAAUAACAAGCAGCUGUUUGCGGAUUGAACAUCUCCAUCAAUCGAAUGAUAGCAGGGGGCUCUCUGCAAUGGGCCCGGUACCCUUAACGCUCCUGCUCAGCAUCUCAGCACUGACUGUGCUAGGGUCUGCAGCAGUGGACAAUCCCACAGGUGAUGAUGACUACACAUGGCCAAAGAGGAAAGUACCACUGGUACAAGAAAAGCAAACAGUGCAUCUGGGCAGUUCUGAGUUUCUGGCAAAGCCGCAGACUGAGCUCCAUGGAAUAUGUGGCAUUGAGUGCCAGAGGGGUCUCCCAGAGCCCAGCCUGGACGAUCUGGAGCAGCUACUGUCCUAUGAGACCAUGUACGACAACGGAACCCGCACGCUCACCACCAUCACCAUACAGGAGCUAAACAUCAGUGAUGAUUGGAUGAGAGCUUCUGGGUCACGUUCUCGGCGCAAACGAGAAGUCUAUGGCACGGACACACGGUUUACCAUCACCGACAAGCAGUACUCCUUGAAGUAUCCCUUCUCCACAUCUGUGAAGAUCUCCACGGGUUGCUCUGGAGUGCUGGUGUCCCCCAAACACGUCCUGACUGCCGCUCAUUGCAUCCACAAUGGUACGGACUACCUGGAUGGGGUACAGAAACUCAGCGUUGGAGUGCUGAAAGAACGUUCCCGCCAAAAAGGGAAGGGACGGAAAGGGAAAGGACGGAAGGGUAAAGGCAAGAGGAAAAAUAAAGAAGAGGAGGAGGACGAGGAGGAGGAGGUAAUCAAUGAAAAUAUAGAGAUUGGAGAGAAGCAGGAGCGUAAGGGAAAAGGCAAAGGCAGGAGAAACCGUAGUCGCCGCAGCACCAACUCCAAGCAACCCUCGUUCCGAUGGACUCGGGUGAAACAGAUGCAGGUGCCGAAGGGCUGGUUUAAAGGGAUAUCUGAAAACGUUGUGGCUGAUUAUGACUAUGCCAUCCUGGAGCUUAAAAAAGCGCAGAAGACCAAAUACAUGGAUCUCGGUGUCAUCCCCUCUGUCAAGAAUCUGCCUGCAGGACGUAUACAUUUCUCGGGAUUCGAUGACGAUCGGCCAGACAAACUGGUGUACCGCUUCUGCUCCAUUUCCGAGGAGUCCAAUGACCUGCUGUACCAGUAUUGCGAUGCCAAGCCUGGCACCAGUGGCUCGGGUGUCUACAUUCGGCUCAAAGAGCCUGGCAAGAAGAAGUGGAAGCGAAAGAUCAUUGGAGUGUUCUCGGGUCACCAGUGGGUGGAUGUUAAUGGGAUGCAACAGGAUUACAACAUAGCCGUGCGAAUCACACCCCCCAAGUAUGCACAGAUCUGCCUCUGGGUCCAUGGGGACUCCAGCCAGUGUCUGGGAACCUGAGAGACUCUGUCUAGCCCGUCUGACUGGCAUGGUCCCGGCUCUCAGCUACCCCUGUGCCUCCCAUUUGUGCACAACAUAAACUGCUGCAUUCAUCAACACUAAAGACUAUAACACACCUACCAUUGAACUUUUCCAGGCUAUAUUGAUACCUUAAUUUAUUUUAUUAGACAACUAUUGUUAUGAAUUAGUAAGAGCGAAUGUAUUCCUAGAUUCAGUUGUCCUAACGAGAACUAAUUCUGUCUUAAACUGUCAUUUUAAAUUACAAAAUGCACUUCAGUCAGUGUUGUUUGAUAUGGGAGGCAUUUGUUUUGUCUGGUAAUCUGUCUGGAUACCUUGAAGUAGAAAGUUAGAUGACUAGUUGACAUAAAAAAAAAAA